AUGGGUGCUGGAAAACAAGGACAAACACCGCAAGAGGAGACCACGAAAGAUCUUAACGACGAGGCCUUUCGCCGUGUGACUCACAUCAACAUCGAGCAUCCCAACGACUUGCGACUACUCAGUACCCCGAGGACGGUGCCUCUGACCUGGAGAGGCCCGCUUUUGCUACGGCGGAGGAUUAUUUUGGCCACCAACCGACUAUACCGGAGAUCUAUCCGACUCCGGCCGAACGCCGGCGACUGGGUCCACAAGCUGGACCGCAUCGACAACUACACGAUUCUGCCGGAUCGCUGCUGGAUGCUCUGCUUGCGUUUCCGCGCGCGAGCAGAGUCACCCGUCACAGCCUCCGCCUCCGCCGAGGGAAGAAACCCUGGACCGCAUCCGACACUCUGCGCGAUCGCCAUCUCCACCGUCCCUGUCCCCAUCCACGGCCGUGCCCGCUCCGACCCGAAGUACUACAGCUCCGGAUCCAGGAGCAUGGUCGGGAAGAUGUCUGCGUCGGACAGGUGGUGUCCGGACAUGGUCAUCAUCAUAUCGUCCAUGGGGUCGAAGAGAUGUGGUGAUUGCAUGGAAGACAUGCACGGCGGGUAUGAGUUAAGAAGACAUUUUCGGCCAAAGGAGAGGAUAUGGAGGAUGUGCAGCGCGGACGGGACGAAUCGGCCAGAGGUAUUGCUAUAUUCGACUUUCGUAGAUGCGAUGCGAGGUCUGGUUUCGAGGAUGUUCGCGGAGGACAGCACCUAUAGAAAUCUGGUAUUCCUCCUCCUCCUCAACUCUGUGCUUCUCCAACCUUUCAACAAAAGAGCAUGGCUUCAACCCCGGAAGGUGAGAGAGUGGAGCGAAGACUCGCCGUUGCGAGAUCCAUGCCUUUGCGUACUAUGGCGCACUUUCCGAUUCCUCACCUUCACCUCCACCUUUACAUCCACAGCACGCUUCAAAGCCAAGCUCAAUGCGCCAACGAACUUCACCGAGGGUAGGAUUAUCUUGCAACGAUGUUCUAUUGGCUGCGCAAGAGAUGGUCUGGAAAACGAGGUGGAAAUGAGGCAAAUGCCAAUCAAUGGACAAGAGAAAGGUCGCGCUGCGACUCAGGUAGGCGUACAUUAUUGGGCGGCAAUGCCGACGAGGCACAUGAUUGCCCAAUAG